GUACCUGAGUGACUCUUUCUCCCCCGUCCUCAACACCAACGCCAGUCAACUCUUGGCUCCCGUAUGCCACCUACUUGGUACACUUGACAUACUUGACAUACUUGAUAUCCUCGAUACUCCUUUACAAAAUCUUACACAAUGUCGCCGACGGCCGUAUCACCGGUGCCCCAGGCACAAAAUGGACUGUCACAACUGAAGAACGGCCAGACAACCAACGGCCAUCUCCCAGAGCUUGACGCCUCCAAACUGAUCUACCACUACACAACCAGCCCCCGCGCCGUCCCCGACGAGGCGACAGCAUGCGCCGGCACCGAGACGAUCUGCACCGACCACAUGAUCACGGCGACAUGGGACCUCAGCACGGGCUGGUCGGCGCCUGAGCUGAAGCCGUACGGGGCCAUCAGCCUGAUGCCGACGGCGUCGGUUCUACACUACGCCACCGAGUGCUUCGAGGGCCUCAAGGUGUACCGGGGCUUCGACGGCGGGCUGCGGCUGUUCCGGCCGGACUGCAACGCGGCGCGCAUGCUCAUGUCGACGCUGCGCAUCUCCCUGCCGGGCUUCCCGCCCGCCGAGCUGGAGCGCCUCCUCCUGGCCCUCAUGGCCGUCGACGGGCCCAAGUGGCUUCCCCGCGACCGCCCGGGCUCCUACCUGUACCUCCGCCCGGCCAUGAUCGGCACCCAGCCGCAGCUCGGCGUCCAGGCCCCGCGCCAGGCCAUGCUCUUCAUCACGGCCAGCUUCAUGCCGCGCAUGGACACGCCCGUGGGCGGCAUGCGCCUGCACACCAACCCGCAGGACAUGGUGCGCGCGUGGGUCGGCGGCUUCGGCUACGCCAAGGUGGGCGCCAACUACGGGCCCAGCCUGCUGGCGACCAACGAGGCGCGGUCCAGGGGCUACGGCCAGAUCCUCUGGCUGUACGGGCCCGAGGGGUACUGCACCGAGGCCGGAGCGAGCAACUUCUUCGUCGUGUGGAGGGCGCGCGAGGCCGAGGGCGGGCGUCUGCAGCUCGUCACGGCCCCGCUCGACGACCGCCUGAUCCUGGACGGCGUCACGAGGCGGAGCGUCGUGCAGCUCGCGAGGGAGCGGCUCGCCGGCGAGAUCGACGUCGUGGAGAGGAAGUACACCGUCGACGAGCUGGUCGAGGCCCGGAAGGAGGGUCGCCUUGUUGAGGCCUUUGCGGCGGGCACGGCUUUCUUCAUCUGCCCCGUAUCGCUGGUCCACCACAACGGCCAGGAUGUGGACAUUCCCAUGGCGGAGGGAGAGAGCGGAUUGUACACUUCCAAGAUCAAGAGCUGGUUGGCAGACAUCAUGUACGGAAACGAGCAGCAUGAGUGGGGAGUCGUGGUUCCGGAGGAGAAGUGAGAGCAUCCGUUACUUUGGGCCAAAGUUAUUGGGAUGGGGCUCUUCUACAUUAUGACCCCGGAUUUCAUGCAUUUCUCGGCGUUUUUUGACCUCACUAUUCAGAAGAGUGAGGUUGGUAUUUUGACAAUAGCGUCUUUCCGCAGGGUAUUGCCCGGCCGUGAUAGGCAAAGUCUUUUGUUAUUUUCUAACUCAAUGGCAUGUAGAUAGAUGGGUCGUCUGGACCCUGGACAAGCCCAGUGUCUCCAUAUAUAAUGCCCAUUUUUUAUUUUAUCUUCACUCUUAUGAAAGCUUCGUCACAAAUAUAUGGUACCAGG